AACCCCCUUUUGCUCUUACUCGCCGUCCACUUUUUCGCCCUAUUUCAGUAGUUAAUGAGAAAAAGCCCAUUUCCAAACAAUUCCCAAAUUACAAUCGCCUCCCCACCAUCUGCGAAUCUCUCUCUCUCCACCACCGCCACAACGCUCACAUUCAUAUUCCCCCACUUCUGCAACAUAUUUUCGUCCUCGUCAAUGGCGGAUUGUGUUUCCUCAUCUCUCUGACGAAUUCUCCGAUUGGGUUUUCAUGGAGAGGGGAUUUUCUUGGUGGGUUUGUGUUUAGGAGUGGCCAUGAAAGGUGGGAAAGAUGAGGCCAGGAUCGGUGGUGAUGGAGGUUGCGAUAAAACCAUGGGUCCAAUGUUUCCUAGGCUCCAUGUGAAUGAUACAGAGAAAGGGGGGCCUAGGGCUCCUCCGAGGAACAAGAUGGCCCUUUACGAGCAGCUGAGUGUGCCUGCUCAGAAGUCCAAUUCGUUCUCUUCGCUGUCGAAUCGCGAUGCAAGUAACUCUGUGCUUUCUGCUUCUUCUAGCCAGGUUAGUGGCCAUGAUAGGAGCGCAUUUCCCCCAUUGCGCAUUCCUCAAACACUGGCUUAUUCAUCAGAGAAUAACAACUCCUGUUCUUCAGACGUGAUGAAUAUAAAUGCAGCACCAAUGGAGUUUGAUAGGAGACCCUUGAGAAACAACAGCUACAAAACACCCAUCGUCACAGGUCAGUUAUCCUCGACCAACCAAUUUACCCCAAAUGAUCUCUCUGAUUCAAAGGCAUCAAGUGGGCCAAAAUUUGGUGUCGAAGAUGAUUUUAUGGUUCCUAACUUUGGCAAUUCUGGAACACUUAACCAUAUAGAAAGAGUGGCUCCGUCCUAUCCUCUCUAUCCGGGGUGUUCAACAAGAACAGUGGCAAAUAGCACUCAGAAUGGUGCAACAGUCUCCUGCAAUUCUCCAUUUCAAGCCCUAAAUGCCCCUGAGACACCCUCAAAGUUUUUCAAUCUUAUGAAGUUCAAAUGUUCGGACCCACAUAACUUGGAAUCAGAAAACAAUCGCUGUGCCCCAAAAUCUUCUUUACCUGUAAAUGAUCACAUGCAACAAUCUGUGUGCAAUAUGGAGGUUCCAGAAAAAAAUGGGGAAGUUCCUACUAAACACAUGAAGGAAACACCAAAUCAAGAUAGGUCAAGUGGUUUGCUCAACAGAAUCGAAAAAGUACAGGACAAUACUGCACCAGGGUGCACCCGGCCUAGUGCUGGGAAUGAGCUGAGGUGCUCGAGUAGGCCCGAGGUUAGAGACAGUGGUGAUAUAUCAUGGAUGAUGACUAAUUUGGGCUCUGGAGCAUCACCGAGGAGCAACAAUAGGAGCCCUAAUGGGCCUGAAAACUACAGGGAGCAAAGCGGGGACAAUGCUUGUGAGUCGCAACAGUUGGAGGAUGGAAAUAGGAAUGAUGACGCCUCCGAGACUUCAAUGGUGGAUUCCAUAUCCGGUCUUGAAAUAUCCCCCGAUGAUGUUGUUGGGGUAAUUGGCCAGAAGCACUUCUGGAAAGCCAGAAGAGCAAUUGUCAACCAGCAGAGGGCUUUUUCUAUCCAAGUAUUUGAGCUGCACAGACUCAUCAAGGUGCAAAAGCUGAUCGCUGCAUCUCCUCGUCUAUUACUAGAAGAUAGCUCAUACUUGCAGAAGCCUCCUCCCAAAGCACCUCCUAAGAAACUCAAUUCCGAUUAUGCCCAUAAACCCCAACCUGUGACUCGAAAACCAAAAGAAGACGCACAAAAAUGCAACCAGAACUCUCCUGAGAGACCAAACGAGAACCAGCCCACCCCUUCCGGUGGUCUCGACCAAGGAAUCCUCUGCCAAGCUUCAAGUUAUGGUCCUUUCAUCCAAAAGCAGACAGCUGUCCCUCCACCCAAUGAUGGAACUGUCCCUCCUUGGUACUUUCACCUGCCAACCAAUAACCAGUGGCUCAUCCCCAUUAUGUCCCCUUCAGAGGGCCUUGUCUACAAGCCUUAUUCUGGGAUGUGUCCUCCUUCAGCCUACAUUGCUCCGACAUAUGGAGGUCCUCUUGCACUUCCUCCGAUGGCUGGAGACUUUACAAAUCAAGCAUAUGGCCUUCCCACCUCCCAUCAACAUGCUGGGAUCCAAGUGUUUUCAGGGGCCUCACCUAGCUAUUUCCCUGCUCCUAAUGGCCUCUCAGUUAUGAACCCGGUUCCAAGAGCGCCUGUACAUGCUGCUGGAGUCGUUCAAGAGGUGGUGGGUCCCACCACACAGGAGGAGGUUGCCAGUAGACACGACUCACCUGCUGGAAACCAGGGGACCACCAGAAAGCGGGACCCACCUGCCGAAGUCCAGCAGGACAGGGAGGGUGGAGGCUUUAAUACUUCAUCAGAUUAUAGGAGUGAGGCUUUCUCAUGUUCCGGGUGGAAGGUUCAGGGGCCGAGGGAGACUGAGAUUCAGGGAAGCACUGCAAGCAGCCCCUGUGAGGGUGGUGGAGAGAGGACGGAUGCCCUCCCGCUGUUCCUGAUGGGCUCAGCAGUAGACGAGGAGACACCUCAGGAAAGGAGGGGAGUUGUUAUUAGGGUUGUGCCACAUAACGCAAGGUCUGCCACAGAAUCGGCUGCAAGGAUCUUCCAGUCAAUCCAAGAGGGGCGGCAACAAUAUGACUCAUAAAGGGAACACAAGCAAGUCUGUUCUCUCUUGUCAUUGUUCCUCUCUUAAUAUGACUUAUGACGACAUGUUUCUCUAGCUUGAAAGCAUGAAAGCAGUCCCCGUCCAUCUCUUUCUCUCACACACUCACUCACUCUCUCUCUCUCUCUCUCUCUCUAUCUCUCUCCCUCCCUCCCUCCCUCUCUCUCUCUCACUCUCUCUCUCUCUGAUGUUAAGGGCUGCAGCUUGUUUCUUGAUUAAGGGUUUGCCAUUGGGUUGUUUGUGAAGUUCCACCUGACCUUGCCUUGCCUCUCUCUUCUGAUGCUUAAUUUUGUAUAUUAUCUUCAAUAAUUGUGCUUUAUAACAAGUAUUUCAUGGGGAACACUCCAUCAGGUGUUUGGCUUCGUUUAGGAUACCUAAUUACGUAGUUUGAGAUGCAGGCUUUGUGAUUGUCUUAGUUGUUACUUUGAUUUGAUGUGAUAUCUUUUUGUUCUUUUCAGAAUGUUGACUCAGGUUUUCAUUGAUGCUUCUGAAAGUGAUGAACAACAAGAUAAAUGUACAGAAUUGAAUAUGGGCUUAUGGUUUAACAUUUGCUAAUCCUUCGGCCUCUUGAUUCCUCUCUGUGUUUCAUGUUAAAAUACAACUUUUCUACUUUGAA